AUGGCGUUUCCCAUCAUUGAUGGCACAGAGGUGCUGCUUCCUCCACCUGCUGGCUAUGAAGUCGACUUUGCGAACCCGAGUCGAGACUCUGCUACUAUCAUUUCGACAUACGUGGCCUUCGGGAUCAUGUUUCCCGUUGCAGUCCUGUUCUUGUCCCAGCGCGUCUACACAGCGGCCUUCAUCCUCCGAAAGUGGAGGAUCGACGACACGAUGCUUUUGUUUGCCUGGGUCUUGACGACAGUAGCUCAGUGCUUGGUCCUGUCCUGCUUGACCAACAACGUCCUUGGCGUCCACAUCUGGGAGAUUUCGCUUGACGACGCUAUCUGGGAGACCACGCUUAUUCAUGCCACUACUCUGACUGUCAUACCUGGCACGGUCCUCUCGAAACUCGUUCUCUGUGUCUUUUACCACCGCCUGUCUCCAAUCACAUGGUACCGCCACGCCAUCGCGUUCACAGCUUUCGUAACGAUCGCAACAUUCACUGCAGUAUGGUUCUCGGUCCAGUUCGCAUGCAAGCCCAUAGAAGCCGCGUGGAACCUGCGCUUGUACACGGGGACAAACUGCAUCGACCGCCCGCCAGUGUACAUGCUGCAGGCUGUCAUGGGCGGCGUCACGGACCUUAUGCUCAUGGUGCUGCCCUUGCCAAUCAUAUUCAGGCUGCAGAUGUCGUGGAAGCAGAAGGCCGCGCUCCUGGCGUGGUUCGGCACGGGCUUGCUCACCUUAGGCGCAGCCUUUGCGCGGCUCAUCAUCCUGGUGCCCAGCCUGAAAAACGCCGACACGACAUAUGUGCUGGCGCAGGGCACGCUGUGGCUCGUUGUAGAGGCCAACCUCAUCAUCAUCUGCGGCACGCUCCCGACUUUCCGCAUCUUCCUUGACCGCGUCGCGCCCUGGGUGCUUCGAGACUCGUCGCAUUCCCCCUCAGCACGCAGCAGCGACAACAAGCCACCUGAGGCCAAGAAAUGGUUCGGUACCAUGAGAUAUGCCUUGGGCACAUUCGGAAGCUCUCAGCCAAAGAGACGCAUGUUCGACACCAUUGACGAGCUCGAGUUCUUUGACAAUGCGCCAAGGCGGGACGACAAGUCUAGCUCUGGAAGCCGGCACCAAAACGAAUGGGAGAGUGCAAAGCAUAGCGAUGAGGAGGCUAUCAUGAAGUAG